AUGGUGGUGCGACAAACGCGGUGCGACAGUCUGAGCGGCAGCGAGUGCGACGCGACUGGCGUCUGUCGGUGCGUGCCGGGACAGCAGCCGGUGCUAGGCGGCAGCGCUUGUGUGGACGUGGCACCUUACCUAACAUCUCCAUGCAUAGAAGACCACCAAUGUUCAAGACUGUUCACUGCGUUUGAAUGCCGACAGUAUAACGAAACUAUAAUAGAAGGAAACUGCUUCUGUUCAGCGGGUCACCACUACUUCAGAGGUAGAUGCUGGCGGAUAGCAGACUUUGGAGCUCCUUGCACCAGGGACGAGGAGUGUCUGGGCACCAUACGGAACCCCUUCAGCAUGAGGUGCCAAGGAACCUGCCAGUGCGCUGAAGGAUACUACGAGAGACAAAGAGGCGAUUGUAGGAAAAUUGGCGCAGAGGUAGGAGACGGCUGUAUUCUGGAUAUAGACUGCAGGUUUCCGGAUGGCGUGUGUGACUUGCCCACUCUGAGGUGUAUUCAAAAUGUCACCACGCCAAACUCACAGCCGGAGCAGUCACUCACCACUCAAAUAGCGCCCCAGCCACUGCCACUCACCACAGUGCAGCGAGUGACGUGUAACCUCACCACACCGUGCGAGGAACCCUUCGAAUGCUCUCCAUCUGGUGUCUGCAUAUGUCCCGUUGGGUACUACGAGAGUGUCAAUGGACAGCGGUGCUUGGCUGAGCUCGGUUCACUGGCGGAACCAGAUCAGUGCGUGGGGUUGCUGGCAGUGGUAGUGGAUGGUAUCUGCAGUUGUCCUGCCAACAUGUUCUUUGAGGAAAACAUGCGCGACUGUGUCAGAGCUACCCGUCGUAUAACGGACUCGUGCGUGACGGAUAGCAACUGUUACACCUUCGGGCCGGCGUCACGCUGUGGACCUCCUCAGCCUCCGUGGAACUUCCGCUCCUGCGAGUGCGUCCCCGAGUACGCUGUGUGGGACCCCAGGCAGACUUUCUGCAGACUCUUCUCUGGUGUUGGUGGCUCUUGCGAGGCGGACAGCGAUUGUCAGGCCGGAGACCUGGAGAUACAUUGCGUCAAGAACGAGGAGGGUCAGGGCAUCUGCUCCUGCCCUGACGGCUUGGAGGAGUACGAGGGACUGUGCCUGACUACUGGCUUAGAGCUGGGCGAUAGAUGUCAGCAUUCUCGCGAGUGCACCACAGAAAAUACAGCGUGUGACCCCGUCACGCAGCUCUGCGCCUGCACCGAGGGGUACCAGCCCAACGAUGGGGUCUGCUCGCCUAUAAUUGGUGGAAGCUGCUCUCAAGACUCCGACUGCGUGAUACAGAACACUGAGUGUAGAAAUGGCACAGAUGGCUCAACCUGCGAGUGCAAGGCAGCGUUCGUUGAUUACCAGGACGCUUGUUGGCAGAGAGUAUCCGGGUUCGAUUCCCCGUGCGCAGUGACGGCGCAGUGCGAGGACGCCAUGGGCGCGGCGGGGGUCUGCGACAACGAGCGCUGCGCCUGCAUUAGUGGUCACCACUUUAGGGAUGACAGUUGUUGGCCGGUCACACGUCUUCUCGAGUCUUGCAGCAGUAUCAGCCAGUGCUACCUGCCCGGUGCAUCAGAUCGCGUGGUCUGCAGGAACGGGCUUUGCCAAUGCCACUUCCACUAUCCCUACUCCGAGGAACUGCAGACUUGCUUGAGUUCUUCAGGAUCAUCGGCAUCCUCUACAAGAAGUAUCUUCCUGGUUUUGCUUGCAUCAUUAGCAAUUUACAAAGUAUCAAGAUGCACCUAAAAUAAAAUAUAACUAUUCGUCCGGUGACCGGAAAAAUAUUUUUUUUUGGUGAUAAAUAAUCGUCUAAUUAAUUACCGGACUAAUAAGAACAUGAAAUUUUAUUCGUACAAUUGCUGUAUGAAUAGUCACUAAGUAUAAAUUAUCUCUAAAAAUCACAAUUUGUAUAUAAUGUAUAUAUUGUAUUUUUUUUUUAAAUAAAACAAUUGGAUUAAGC